AUGAUGAAUAUCGACACAGAGUGUGGGUGGUUUUACAACUCUUGCAAGAAAUGCACCAAAAAAGUUAUUCCAGAUAGGUCUGAAUUUUACUGUGAAAAGUGUAAUGGGCUUGUGAAUUCUGUUGUACCUAGGUUCAAGAUUGAGUUGAGGAUGAUUGAUGAAUUUGACAAUACUAUUUUCAUUGUUUUUGAUAGUGAGGCUGCUAAUUUCCUCCAAUGCACUGUUGCUGAAUGGAGGGAUUUUAUGUCUACAAAUUUUGGUGAUAUAAAUCAAACUCCUGAGCAUUUAGACCAAUUUUUUGGCAAGAAAUUCAUUUUCAAAGUGCAAAUUACUGAUAGAAACAUUAGAGGUUAUAGCUACUUAUACUUGAUAUAUGAGAAAGACAAUGAUACUCAGAGCAUAAGCAGGAUGGUGUUUGCUACAAUUGAGUCUGAAGUGGAAAAUACUUUUGAUAGAUUAACACUUGCUAAACGUAGUUCUCCAGAAUUAAGCAACAAGUUAAAUGACAAUGAAAACCUCACAGCCCAGAUGUCUUCCAAUGCCAAGAAAAAAAAUCAAAGUGGAAGAUGCGAGAAGCAACCACUUUCGCAAUCACAUAAGAAGUUACAAUAUGAUGUUUGCCUCUACGUCAAUGAGAGGAGUAGGGAUGACAAUGGUCAAUUUGAUGUUGAUAUUGUGGCUUCAUUGAAGAAUAUGCUAGAUAUAUCAAACCCAUUGGUUAAGACUUUUAAAAUGGCAAAGGGCAGAAUGCAUGACGAAGAGCUAAAGAAUUAUGCUCUUAUUAUAAUUGAGAAUUUAUUGCAACAUAAUGAGAGAAAUCUUGCUGACUUUGAAUCAAUGCCUUAUCCAGACAUGAAUAGAAUACAAAGGGAUAGUAACAAGUUGAUGCAUAAUGAGCUAAGCUACAAUAGAAGUAUUUUAGCCGAAGAGCUUCAGUACCUUUUAAAUUCACUUACUGAUGAGCAAAGACGAUUCUAUAAAGGAGAUGAGAGAAUAUAUUUGAGUUCAGACAAUGUUUGUAGGAUAGAUGCAAACAUUGAUAGCAUGGAUAAUUUGUACACAAACCAUGUGUUAAAGCUGAAAGUCGAUGCUCCUGUGAUGUUGCUUAGAAAUAUUGAUAAAUCUUUGGGGUUGUACAAUGGUACAAAGUUAAUUAUCAGUCAACUAGGGAAGCACGUGCUUGAAGCAAAAGUUAUCUCAGAAAGUAACGUUAGUUAG